GUCCGUAAAUCUGUAGACUCUCGUUCCCGUCGACCAUUUUUUGCCGUUAAAUCUCGCCGUCCAUUCUUUUGCCGUUAAAUUUCGCCGACGGUGGAAUAGAAUCUCUGAGUUCAGUUCAUCCUAAUUGCCAGAACUAACCAUGGCGCCCAACAAGCUAAAUGUGAAAAGGCGCAGACUUGAAGAUCCAGCUGAAAGUGCAAGCUCCAGCACCAACCCUCGUAACAAAUUUGAAGUACGAACUCCAACAACUCCAGAUCGAAUGUGUGGGGUUUCAGGCAGUAAAACUCAAGAAAAUGCUCAGUUAUUUGGUAAUAAUGACUUGGUGCGACUCAAUCAAGACCACACGGUGUAUAAAGUUGUAAAAGACAAGUUUGUAUCUGGUUUAGGUGCACUGGGAUCAUCACUUCAAGUUGAGGCAAUUCAUAUGAAUGUUCGUUCCAGCCUUGUUUCGCAAACAAGGUUUCAAUCUUUCCUUCUAGUUGCAAAAGCCAUGGAGAAAAAGUACAAUGGGCAUGCUAGUAAGAAGCUUGGUUGGUUGGAAACUUCAAAGGAACAAAUUAUUGACAUAAUUUCUAAUGGUUUUUGUUCCAUCAAGUUAUCGCCAUGGAGUUCAAUUUUCUGCUCGUGAUUACCCUUUUGAUUGUCUUCAAACUGCUAUUCAAGACAAAGAUGGACUAAGACAUUUAUUGCUUUUCAAAUUGGUAUUGGGAAGAUCGGAACUAGUAAUUUCUGGUUCAGGACAAUUUCAACCAAGUUCUGAGGAUAUUGAUUUCGAGGUUGACAGUUUCACAUCUCCAAGAACGUAUAUAGUUUGGAGUAGUCGCCUAAGUACACACGUCUUCCCUGAAGUCAUAGUCAGUUUCAGAGUUUUUGAUCGUCCAACUCUUUCAAAGAAUGUAAAUUUAACGAUUCCCUUUGAUGCUUUGAUCACUAGAUUAUCAAAGAUCUUGCCUUCUCAUGCUAUCAAGUUGAUAAAAGAAUAUUACAAUGAUCGUCAAAAGGGGAAGACCACUGCGCAAGAAUUUGUAAGGCAAGUGAGCCAAGUAGCAGGAAACAGUUUGUUGAUUUCAAUCAUAAAGUCUAUAUCUGCUCAGAGAAAUUUAGCUCAACCAAGACCGAAAGAGCAAUAAUGAUACAAGGAAUAUUCUGUCUUACAGUGGACUGCUGACUUCACAUAUUACUUUUAAUAAAUCCCCUUUUUUGCUUUUCUAUGGCCAAUUGGCAGUAGUCACUAUUAUAGCAGUUUUUAGUUGUUGUAAGAGUUAUACUGUCGUUGAUAGUUUAAAAUUCUCCCAUGGUUUGUCCUUGUAUAAAAGGUGGUGACGUUCUUGAUCACUUGCAGUGUUACUUUAGCAUAGAUAUC